UGUGUGCGACCGUUGAUUGUAAUUGAAAAUUAGUGUUAACUACAAACUAAACAUUUGAAUUUAUACUUAAUUGCAAGUUAGAUAAGCUAUUGUUUAAACUGGAAAGAAAUAUCCGUAAAUCGAAAUUUACGAGAUACUUGAGAAAUUUAAAGUUGGAAAAGGAUUCUAUUUGUUUUGAUCAUAAUGGAAAAACUUGUGACUGGACAAAUAGCUUCCAUGGAUCAAUUCGUUGAUAAUUGGAAUGCAUUUUUCCAAGAUUUUCCCAUUACUGUUGACACAUUAAAAAAUUCACACGGAAUGACACAGGCUGUUCUUAAAGUUUUUAGUAAACUUGGUAUUGACAGUGAUGCUGUUUUGCAGCCCCCACCUGAAGAGAACCGUAAUGAACACAUGGUUUACUUCUGGGACUUAAUACCUAUAAUCAACAUGUCUCGCAUAGUGAAAUUUUUUAUGCCUAAAUUUGGAAUUAAAUUUACUUUUAUUCAGUUUCUCCAACCAAUUACAAAAAAUACCUAUAGCAUUUUACUUAUACUGUUCAAUUUGGUACUGUUUUGUGAGCAACGCUUGGAAGAGAUUGCCCCUGCUGAAAGAGAAUUGUUCUUGCAGAGUGAAAAGGUAAAAAUUUUGGAAGACAGAAUAAACAAAUUGCAAGUAUUACUCAAUGAACAGGCACAUGAAAAAGCCAAGCGAGCUGAAAGACUAGAAAUUAUAGCCAGUGAACAAAAAAAGCUCGAAGAAGAAUUAAAGCAUGAAAAAGAAGCGCAUGAUGUUAUAAAAAAGGAAUUGGAAAUAAUAUUAAAUGAAAACAAACAAAUGGAAAUUAUUUUGGAACAAAAAAAGACACAUAGGGAUGGUCUGAUUGCUGAAGUAGAAAAGUUAAGAGGUCAGAGAGUGUAUGAUGCGGAAGACAUAAAAGCCCAGGUAGAGCAGGCGACACACAAUGUGCAAGAGGCAGAAGAUAAGUUGACCAGUUUGAGAGCAACUUUAAUGCAGAAAGAAAACUGUCUUAAAAAUUUACAAGCAAUAAAACCAAAUCUAACUCUCGCCAACAAUUUGUUACAUGAAAUAAUGAACCUCACUGAUAGCUUGAACAACUAUGAUUCUGAUGAUUUAGAUUCUGAUAGUAAAGAAGGAGAGUUAAAAGUAUUUAAUACAGAAUUAACAGAGCUGGAGACAAAGCUGGAAGAACUUAGAGCAGCCAGAGCAGAAGCGGCUAAUAAGAGGCAAGAAAAUCAAGUGAAAAGGCAACAGGAGAAAACAGCUGCACUGACAAAUCUUCGCAAAGCAGAAGCAAUGGAAAAGGAAUACAGGGAGCAAGCUAAGAAAGCAAAGCAGCAGAUAGAAGAAAUUAAACAGCACACUAUAAAAUAUGAAGCUGAGAAAUCUGAAGGAAUGGAAGAGCUUGCCAAAUUAAAAUACACCUUUACAAAUGAGUUAAAAUCAGUCGAAGAUGCGAUGAUAAAAAAAAUUAUGGAAGCACAAAAGAUGAUCGAGGAGAGACUUCGUAAUCAUCGGUCUUAAUACAUAUUAACUUUAUCUAAAACUAGGAAUACAGAAAUUGCAUGCGGUAUUAUUCUUUUUCUAUAUGGCAACAAUCCUCAUCUACUUUGAGUCUCACUAAACUAAUGUCUUUUAUUAUGUUAUGUUUAUAAUCAGUAUUUCAGCUUUCAGAAAAUUGUAAUGCCUAUAUAUAUAUAAUUGUUUCGACAUAA